AUGACAAAACAACUCACUUCAGCGCAUGCUUUAGGUAGAACUAGACGACCUAUUCGACCCGCAUCACUUGCACUCAAAACCUUCUCGAAUAACGGAACAAUCCUAGAGUUCGAGCUAGAAAAUAACUACAGUGGCCUCGCGACACGGACCUGUGGAAUGGAAUUCGGGUUUGUAUCCAAACCUGCUGCAAGAACAGGAAUCGGUAGCCUCGCUGGCGAGGCCUACACGACAGUUGAAAGGAAGAACUUACAGUGCUCGGUUUCGCAUUUGACGAAGGAGAACACAAGCUUAUGCUCAAAUCAGUCGAGACUAACGACGACAUCAUCGCUCGAUUUUGGGGGGACCAUCGUUUCGAAAUCCUGGUUGGUGCCAUUUUCUGCCGAAAGAUCACAUGCUUUGUCUCUUUCCUCAGAAGGAGAUUUAGAGCAGCCUCUGCAAUUCACGCCACCUGUGUCGAUCAGCUCAAACAACGAACUAGAUGCAAUGCAACCACAAUGGAGACUCUGA